AUGGGGUUCCUAAAAGUGAUAUUCAUCAUAGCAAUAACCAUGGCUUUGUCAAUCACACUCACAAUGAAAAGCCUCAACAAAGAGGAAACCGUGAAACCGGCUUUUGUGCACAAUGAUCUGCCAUCAUCAGAGCAACCAUUGAUCCGUAAGAACAAAAUAGUUCUUCCUUCAAAGAGGGUGAGUCGCUUCCUAGCUCAAAACCCUAAUGCUGCUGAUCAUUGUAACAAGGACAACGAGGUUUGUAACUUGAUUGGUGCCAAUAAUAACUCCACAUGCUGCAACAACAAGUGCAUGGAUUUGGGCUAUGAUAUGCAUAACUGUGGUGCGUGCAAGAAGAAAUGCAAGUACACUGAGACAUGUUGUAGAGGGCAAUGCGUUGAUACAAACUUUGACAAGAGGCAUUGUGGGGAGUGCAAUCAUAGGUGUGAACUUGGUCAAUAUUGUGUCUUUGGAAUGUGCGAUUACGCCUAA